UCCUAGCCACGCCUCCACCCCCCACUCCUAAUGUCCGGCCAGAAUCCCACUGUACUUGUACAACUUUUCCCCACGCGGAAGGUCCGUCACUUCUCGGCCGCCCAGUGACAACAAAAGCCGGCAUGUCGUUUCUGGAUCAGCCCUGGUGUCCCACCGGCGUCCAGGUGACCGUGCUCCAAGCCCGGGGCCUUAGGGUGAAGGGCAAAGGCGGCACCAACGACGCCUACGCGCUCAUGCAACUGGGCAAAGACAAGUACCAGACCUCCGUGGUGGAGAAGAGCGUGGCGCCCGUCUGGAAGGAGGAAGCCGCCUUCGAGCUGCCGCAGCACGGCGCGGGAGGGGACCGGGGCACGCUGCACGUCCACGUCCUGCACCGAGCCCUGGUGGGUCCGGACAAGCUGCUGGGUCAGGCCGUCGUCGACCUGUUGCUGCUCAGUCCGGACAGGAGCCGCAACAAGACCGAGUGGUUCAAGUUACUGGACAAAAGCGGCAAGGCGGACAAAGACCGAGGCGAGGUGCUGGUGGACAUUCAGUUCAUGAGGAACAACAUGACGGCCAGCAUGUUUGACCUCUCCGCCGUCGGCAAGACUCGGUCCCGCCUGGGCAAGCUCAAGGACAAAGUUCGGGGCAAGAAAAAAGAACCGGAUGUGGCGGCGCCAUCAUUCAUGCAGGUUCUUACAGACAGUGAGGAAGAAGAGGAGGGGGAGGAUGGCAAGGCAGCUGUAGGCAAAAAGGAUAAGAAGAAACCUAAAAUCAAGUCUUUGUUUUCUCACAAGUCCAACCUGGAGAGGAACAUGUCACAGUCCAUGUCCAUUCUGCCUGCCAAGAACUCCUCACUGAGCGGCAGCCUGUCUUCUGGUCUCAACGUAGAUACCGCUGAAGGCAAGAAGAAGUUCAAAUUCAUGAAACACAAACGCUCUGACAGCAAGGAGUCAUCUUUUCAGAAACAUACUUCUAUGGAGAAGAGCAACCUGUGCAUUAACGGGAGUCACGUUUACUGUGAGGAACCUCCGCCUCGCACCGCACGCAUCGGCUCCAACUUCAGUCUGGCUAGCUCGGGACACGGAUCUAUGGAGGAUGUUCCAGAAAGCUCCCCGCCACCAGUUGACUCACUUCCCUCGAUAAGGCAAUACACACCGUGGGAGGAGGAGGAAGAAGAGGAGAAGGAGGAAGAAAGAAGCAAGGAUUUGUAUGCCAAGGAGAUGGAGAGGACAAAAGAGCUUGAUGGGUUGGCUGAGGUUGGAGGGAAGAUUGAGCAGAGGAGACGAGAGGAAGAAGAGAGGGAAAGGGAUGAAGAGAAGGUCCAAAAGGAGGAAGAGGAGAGGAUUACGAGACAAGAAGCAAGAAGACAAGAACUGGUAAGAUUAACAAUGGAAAAAAGGAAACAGGAGGAAGAAGAGAGUAUCAGAAGACAAGAGGAGGAGGAGAAAUUAGCAGAGGAAAAGAGAAAGGAGGAAGAAGAGGAGAGGAUGAGGAAACAAGAAGAGCAGGAACGAUUAGCGGAGGAGAAGAGAUGGGAAGUAGAGAUGAGAAGACAAGAACUGGCAAGAUUAGAAGAAAAGAUGAGACGGGAGGAAGAAGAGAGGAGAAGGAAUGAAGAGAAUGUGAGAAAGAAGGAGGAGGAGCAAGUGAGAAGACAAGAGCAGGAGCGUUUAGCAGAGGAACAGCGAAGGAAUGAAGAGGAGGCAAAAAAGGAAGAGAGGAUGAGGAGGAAGGCGGAGAAGGCCAUGCAAGAGAAAAUAAAAAGGGAGGACGAGUGUGUGAGAAGACAAGAGCAGGAGCGAUUAGCAGAGGAACAGUUGAGACUUGAAGAGAAAGCUAGACAGGUGGAAGAGGAGAAGAGGAGAAAAGAGGAAGAGGAGCAAGUGAGAAGACAAGAGCAGGAACAAUUAGCUGAGGAACAGCGGAGACUUGAAGAGAAGAGAAGGAAUGAAGAGAGAGCUAGAAAAGAGGAAGAGGAGCACGUUAGAAGACAAGAGCAGGAGCGGUUAACUGAGGAACAGCGGCAACUUGAGAGGAGAAGGAAUGAAGAGAAAGCUAGAAAAGUGGAAGAGGAGAAGAUGAGAAAAGAGGAAGAGGAGCAAGUUAGAAGACAAGAGCAGGAACGAUUGGCUGAGGAACAGCGGCAACUUGAAGAGAAGAGAAGGAAUGAAGAGAGAGCUAGAAAAUUGGAAGAGGAAAAGAUGAGAAAAGAGGAAGAGGAGCAAGUUAUAAGACAAGAGCGGGAACGAUUGGCUGAGGAACAGCGGCAACUUGAGAGGAGAAGGAAUGAAGAGAAAGCUAGAAAAUUGGAAGAGGAAAAGAUGAGAAAAGAGGAAGAGGAGCAAGUUAUAAGACAAGAGCGGGAACGAUUGGCUGAGGAACAGCGGCAACUUGAAGAGAAGAGAAGGAAUGAAGAGAAAGCGAGAAAAGUGGAAGAGAAGAGGAGAAAAGAGGAAGAGGAGCAAGUUAGAAGACAAGAGCAGGAACGAUUAGCUGAGGAACAGCGGCAACUUGAAGAGAAGAGAAGAAAUGAAGAGAAAGCUAGAAAGGUGGAAGAGGAGCGAGUGAAAAGACAAGAGCAGGAACGAUUAGCAGAGGAUCAGCAGAGACUGGAGGAAGAGGAGAGAACUAGAAAGGAAGAGGAGAGGAGAAGACAAGAGGAACAGUUAGCAGAAGAGAAGAGGAGACAGGAGGAAGAGGAGAGAAAGCUGGAGGAGAAAGCUGAAGAAGCAAAAAGGAGGAAUGAGGAAGAGCUUGAGGGGCAACGGAGAAGAGAAAAGAAGGAAGAGGAAAAAGGAAAACCUUCCGAAGAGGAACACCGAAGGAUUGAAGCUGUAAAGAGGGAAGAAGAGCAAAAGAAUUUGGAGGAGGAAGAAAAGCGACAGGAGGAGCAAGAGCUGAGGAUGAGAGCUAAAGAAGAGGAGGAGCGAGAAAGGAGACGGAAGGAUGAGGAAGAGGAAAAGAGGAGAGAUGAAGCAUGUCAGAAAGAUGAAAAGGAGGAAAAACAUAGUGAAAGCGAAAAAGCUCUUGGGAAUACACAAGUAAAUUCCUUUCAUCCGUUUAUUGAAGACUUGUCUAAUAAUCCCUUUGCGGACGACAUUCCCAACUCACCUUCUGGGUCAAAAGACGGCACUUCACAGCCAACCAUCUCGAAAAGUUGCCACCCGCCUGAGCGCUCGGUGGGAACCAGCAGUGUUCCCACAGAUGAAAAGAGCAAUCCGGUUAGUCAGCGUGAGAAGCGACCAGCACCUCAGCCUCCAGGAAGGACCCGAACGGAUGGAUGUGAUAAACCUUCCCUACGUCCGGCACCGAUGACCAAGCAGCUUAAGGAGGAGGUGGUAAAAACUGCCAGUGUUUCGCCUCAGCGCACGGUACAGACCAUCCCUCCUCGGAGCAGAUCUCCCACUGACGCACAAAAGAGUGGUGCAUCCAAACACACUAAACGUCCCGCACCAUCGAUACCUAGCGCUGAAUCCAAUGCCGUCCCAGUUGUUUACAGCUUGAAUCCAUUUGAAGGUGAUGAUGAUGGGAACGAGCUUGCUGCACAAGAUGAAGCAUCCUCUGAUAAUCACAGUUCAGCGUCAUGGCCCCCACCUGUGUCAAAAACCCCGGAACCAGACGCCACUUCUCAAAGCAAAGUCAAAUCCGCUAAGGUUGCUCGCGCACCUGCCGCUCCCGCUAAGACUGCUGCUACAUCAAGCACACUAAAUACGCAAAGCACUGACCCUGCUCGUACUUUACCUGGUGGUGAGUCUAAAACCCAAACACCCAAGGCCAUUCAGGCUUUGUCACAUGAGGAGAGUCCACCAAAAAAGGCCAAUACUCGGAUGCUGCAGCAUGGGCAGGAUGCAGGUGGAAAGAAGGAAGCGCCUCCAGCACCUUUGCGCAGACUUCAGCCUGUGAAACCGCUCAGUGCUCAGGAACAGCCUCCUGUCACGGAGAUCCAAGUAGAAAAAGAGAAGUCGGUGAGAAUUGCUGGUAAAGUUGAGGAGAACACAAAGGUAAAAGUCAAUCAGGAGAAGGGGCCGUACUCGAUGCUCACCCGGGAAGAACUCAUCUCUUUGGUGGUAAAGCAAGAGAAGCAGAUGCAGAACAAGGAGAAAAAGAUAGCAGAGCUGGAGCAGUAUAUUGACAACUUACUAGUGCGCAUCAUGGAGGAACAACCAAACAUUCUUAUGUCUAUGAAAAAAGUCGUCUAGGUGGAUUUUGCAUGUUUAACUCUUCUGCACCUCAAAGAUAAUUAAAUGAGUCCAGAUAUGCAUUUUUCUAAAUAUUAAAGCCAUUACUAUUUUUGCUACAAUUGAACAGUGCAAUUAUUUUCAAGAUUUUAAAUUGGAUUAAAUGAUGCCACUUAAGUACUAUUUUAAUAGCAGAAGAAAAAAUUAGAAAAUGCCUCCUGUCUGUCCUCUUUUGUAAACUCCUUUUUGGUGGUUCAAACUAUGAAUUUGUUACAUAAGCACAUCUUGCACUGUUAAAGGUUUACAUGCUCAAAAAAGCACUUUACUCGGCUUAUGGCAGAAUUUCUACACUGAUUGCAAUGUACUGUUGUCAAGUAUUAACAUAUAUGAAACUAAAUAAAAACGCCAAAUUAAGUGUGCGUUUUUUGCCAUUCUAAUCCUCGUGUGUGUGCACAAUGCUUUGUCUAUUUUCAAACUGUAAAAUUUAACUUUCCCUUUUGUUUGUAUUCAUUGUACAAUUGUAUUGAAUCAGGACAGUUUUCCAUUCCCAGGAUUGUUACAAGAAUAAAGUCUUAUCUUUUCA